UGCAAAAAUGGUCGAUUAACAUGUUCCGUCGGUUGGUAUCUAUUUGCAGAUGCAUACUAAUAUAAUCACUUUGGUAUUCGCUUGCCCAAUUUGCGAUUUUAUACGCUUGAUCCGUAAUUGCGUCUAUCUUCUUCACCAGUCUACGGUGGAUUUCUAAUUUUUAGCAUGCUGCUUGCGGCCGUCAUUGCAAGAGUUUCGUCUAGAUCGCCAAAGCCUUCGCUUAAAGACACUUAAUCUAAGACAAAAAAUAAUUAUAUAUAUACGGGGUGCUUGAAAUAUAAGUAAUUAAAUCAACGUCAAAUGAACUAGAAAAAGUUCUCAAUAAGAAGUAAUAAUUGUCAAGAAUCGUUGAAACAAACAAAUAUGAACAAUUGAUAUACCUAGUACAAAAAAUACUGAAUUCUUUUUCGCCUGGGGUGGCGGGUGAUGAAAAAUUUUCCGUGAAUAUAGCCAGACGUGAUCCAACUCGUGCGCCACCAGCUUUUUAUGAUUAUGAUGAAUGAUGCCCUCUCGCAGGAAAGGAGACUUAUCUUGAGCUUGGACGCGGUUCUUCGUGGGAGAACAUGCUGCUGGAGAUGGAAACUUUGUUUUUCAGCUCCCAAAAUACCUACUCAUUUGUCACAGCUCCCACUAACUGAUGCGCGAUGUUACUACCAUUAUCUGUGCAUGAAAUUUCUAUGUUCCAAGGUAGCAAUAACUGCACUGAUCACUGUGUAUAAGGUUGCUAUUACCUACACUUAUUAAUUAGACUGCUUGUUCUACAAACUGACUUGAUGUGGGCUUAUGGUUCAAACUGUUUGCUUGCUUAGUAACUGUAAGACCUAUACGACUAUUAUUUGUACUUUUUACCAUAUUGAAUAUUCACCGAAUAACCACUAAAUAAGAAAUAGCAUGGGUCCGUUACCCUGAAAAGUAUAGCUUCUCUUUCUUCGAGCACUAGUAAAUACCUACAGUGGUAAAUUAUAAAACAAAUGCAAUUAAAACUACUUACAUGGUGUGAAAUUGAUUUAAUUAAGUAAUGUAUUGCUUGCUUAGUUGUGUGAUAAUUGCAAUGUGUACCUAGGUAUUAAAAUAGGUUUGGUAACACCAUUAUGUUCUGCUGCUUUCACAUUCGCUUGACAGGUUUGGUAUCAAGUUCUGUAUGGAAUUGUAAAAUGUUAAUUUUCUUAUAUUUAAUGAAUGUGGAAUGUGGUGCUUUUGAACUUACAAUGGAUUGUAUCAUGUAUCUCUUACUUGUUCGCUUCAGUGAAUAUCGAUCAUAUUUCUUGUCUUGAUACUUUUGAAAAAUUGCUUAUAAUAAAUUUACCUAGUGUACAUAAAUUUGGCUACAAUUUUAUGUUUUGGAAACGUAUUUCAAAAUUGAUGAAAGGGAGGUGGGAGGGACAAAAUUCAAAAUUUAGAAAGUGUACUAUCUCGCAACUACUGAAAAACAUUACGAACAUUAAGUCUCAAAAGUAGGCAUUAAUUUAUUCAACAUACAUCUACUAAAGGCAAACUAACCCUAAAGAUUAUCAUGAAUUUCGAAAUAGAAACUGGACGUCUUUUGUGCUAUAUCCGCACGCAUGACUACGUAGAUCUUAAUUUUCUUGUUUUUAAAAACUACUAACAGGUAAUGUUUUGUGUUGCAUUAAAUAGAGACGGCUGUACAUGUCUGGUAGUCUUGAUAUGCUUAGUAAUAAUAUAGUUACCUACUUGUUCUACUUUGCACUUUCUCAACUCGUGCUGAUAGUCAUCAUUUUUGCACUACCUCCUAGUCAUCUUCUGGUUGACAGAUUUCAUAAUAUGUUUACAUAAAAACUUGUCGUGAAUUUAAUUAUAUCGUGAUUUAAUAUGUACAAAGAGGUCACCAAGAAGAGGGCAUCCGAAUGUGACCCUGUUAAAUUAAAACACUCGUGCACUGGACGUCCCUUAACAUAGGAAAAAACCUGGCUAACUCAAAGUUAAAGUUUCCCAAAAAUAUGCAAUAAAUCGAAAUCUUGUUGACUAAUUGAAAACGGAGCUUUUCUUUAAAAUUUAAACUACUUAAAUUAAUAGAUACAAAAUGAGUUAUUGAACAGUAGGUAAAUUGAAAUCAUUACGAUUGAAAAACCAGAGUAACGAAAUUUUUACAAUACCUCUAUUCGUCUUCUAUUGACGUUGCUUCGAUCCUCAUAGAAAUUGUCUUGAUUCAAGAUUUCCCUACGUCGCCGUCGAAGGUCGUAUUCGUGGUAUAUGAAGUUGACAGGAAUCAACAAUGGUCCGAAAUAUGUAAAUAGAGUUGUCUUGCGUUCUGACCAGAUUUCCUUAGCGGAUUUAUACGGUUUCCUGAUGUGAAGGUGUGUCUUUGUUGUUAAUGGAUUAAUUAGUGCCGCUUAGAUUACGUAAUGCACGCGUAAAAUAUUUUAUUUCGUGCGAGUAUAGCUUUUCUAUGUUUAGUUAGCGUAAUUGUAAAGGAAAUUAAUUUUGUGUUGCUCAAAACUGCAAGAGAAAACCACUCACAUGAAGCUAGUACGAGGUUACGAAUUACAAAAUGCGAAUUAGAAAAUCUGCUACUGUAAUGAACGUAGUUUUCUUUGACGCCUGAAUUUUAUUUAGGAACCCCGUCUUUCAUCUAGUCACAAAAAAUGUAUAGUACCGGUUGAAAUUCUAAUUUUGAUUAAUACACACACAACACCCCUAAGCGUCUUUGAGGUUGGAGCUAUCCGCUUGAGAUUAAUUUUCUUAAAAUGUUCUCUUCACUUAAUCUGCCGCAAUGAUUUCACUAACAUUUACUUUCUUUAAAAAGUUUAGUUCGAUCCUUUCGCAAUUAAAAUUUCCGCAAAAGUCCUUACUGUAAGGAGAGUGAUGCUCGAACUACCUGCUUAAGCUGUAGCUGCUAAUCUAAAACGGAACCACCGCAAUUUUCGCGACCAGCGUCCCCUUUUCACCAAUCGCAAGCCCAAUUCUUAUCCAAUCUGUGGCCGCAGCGCUACAUAAAAGGGAAUCAACUAAACUGGAUGGUUCAUGCUAUCUCUGCUCAAAACUCACGCAUUCGAAACGCGCUUCGUUGUCUCGUCGUUAAACCUACUCGCGCUCACUCUUCAUAUGAAGCGGUACACAUGACCCUUUACACAUAUACAAUAUCACCCAAAACUUUUUCUUAACACGAAACUGACAAGGACAAUAUUCUACCCUUUACAUCUUACAUGAAUCUAUUUCACAAAGCUAUUUAGGUACCCUAAGACAUUUAAUAUCUAAAUCUAACUUGGGAAAAAAUUCCCCUAACUCGCAUUAACUCACUAAAUCAGUUUAAAUUCGCGCCUACACCGGACUGUGCCUUAUUUUAAUAUUACUGAUUCUGCAUCAAGAAGCUGUACCUAGGGAUUUUAGGAUGUUACACUCAUUAGCUUGAAGCGAUGCUGUUUGAAGGACAAAUAAAAGUUGUUAAUUCUACCACAGGAAUAAUUGGGAUCAAAUAAAAACUACAUGACAAAUAAUGUUUCGCGUAGGUACAGAAGGUGAAUUCAUAAGCAGAGAAUAUUUUUUUAUUUAUCUAUGCAAUUAGUGUGUUUUGCUUGAUUAUUAUUAGCGUGUAUAGGAUAACCAUUUUGAAAACAAUAGAUUGGCUGCUUCUUUGACCUAGUGAGUCGGCUUAUGUAUGACGUUGUAAUAAUGCCCUAUAGUGAUUUUGAUUAUAUGUGUAUACUUUGCUUAAGCUAUCUACUUUUGACUACAAUUUCGUUUUGGAAACUUAUUUCAAAAUUGAUGAAAGGGAGGCGGGAGGGACAAAAUUCAAAAUUUAAAAUUGUUGUCCAUAUUUAUGGAAAAUAUACUUUUUAAGUAUAAACUUCGUUAACAAACCAUAGUGAUGCUGUACAGUCGUUACUGUGAAAGCUUAAAGUUAGAAAAAAUGGACAAUCUGAGCAUCACUUUUCAAAAAUAGAAAAAAAGCAUAUUUUUUAAGAAAAGGCGAGUGUUUUGUUUUUUAAAACGUACAAUUGUAAUUCACAAGACCCCUGGAUCUUUAUUUUCUUGUUUUAGGUAGAUUUCUAUCUACCUAUUGCAAUAGUACCAGUAUAUUUAUAUGUUUAUUAUAUUUCGACAUCCAAUCCGAAGACAUUGUAUAGAAUACCAUGUAGUUCGCUUGCUCGAACUCAUAUCACGAGUAUUUAAAGAAAGGUUUCACAAAAAGGAAACAAAAAUAGAAGUUCGACCCUGCCGCCGAGCCGCCACUGAGUUAACCUUGCGUUUCGUUCCUCGCGCCAGGCGUCAGGUGAUUCAUUCUUCGCUUUCUCGUGCUCGUGUUCACAUUCACAUCGUUGUCUUGCGUGUUUCGACGAUUUUGGUAUCUGAGUAUAACUAAAUGAUUUUAUUUUAGCGGUUUUUAUUAACCAUAGGUAUUAUUUUUAGGCCUUUUUCGCCCGUAUGUAAUUUUUUACUACACAUGGGCAAGUCCAACAAGCGGCAUCGCUCUAGGAGCAGGGGGACGUCAAAAAGCGACCUACGAAAACGCCUUCGUAGGCUUGAGAGACUUUUAGAGGAUAAGGAAAAUGUGGACGGCGGCCAUGACAGGCAGUCUCGGCCUCCUUUUCGUGCUAUUAAUAGAAGAUCGGAUUCCCGGUCUAAACGCGACUGCUCUGAUUGCAGUUACAGCAGCGUUGAAAGCUUAAGCAUUGCUGAUGUUCCAUCAACAAGUAGGCAUCUUAGACGAAGACGUUCUUUGUCUGCUGAGGCUUCGUUAAGCCUUUCGCCUGCUCCUUCUUUAAGGGCAGGUGACAAAUCCCAGACUUCUUUAAGUCUUUCUCCUCACUGUGAGGCUGAGGACCUACACGGAGCGGAUGGUAGACCAAAGCCUAGAGCUCCUUUGAACUCGACUAACGGCCCUGAGACCGAAUUGGAAGAAAAUGUACUCAUCAUCGACGACGGCUCUUUAGCCCUUGAUGAUUUUGGAGACGUUUUAGGAAAUGAUUGCCCUAGUACUCCAGUUAAGGCGGACUGUUUACAUGAGGCACUUUCCUCAAGGUGGAACUACAUUGUAACAAAUGGCCUUUCGCAGGAAAAUUUACUUUCCUUAUCUCAACGUUAUGCAGUCCCGGAGAACUGUCCGACACUUAACUCACCUAAGCUAAAUCCCGAAGUUUUAGCAAUUUUGGCCAACGAUCGGGUGGCUCGGGACAAUUUUAAUAAAAGUAUCCAAACGAAACUCGCAACUGUUUUGGGAGCUAUGGGAAAGUCUUUGACAGCUUUGCUGAAUGACAAUCCUAUUCCAAAAAAGUUACGUGAUGAAAUUGUAGCCCCUUUGGGUGAUGCUAGUCGUUUACUGGCGCACACCUUUCACGACAUCUCUGACUCUAGGCGUAAUUUGAUUUUACCAACCCUUAACAAAAACAUUAGGGAGGUUCUAGGGAGAACUAAACCAGGAGAUUUCCUUUUUGGAUCAGAUGUUUCAGAGAGCGUCAGGGAAGCUAAGUCUCUACAGAACGCAGGAAAGGAAUUAAAGGCGGCUACUCCUUUGCAAUUCUCAGCUUCAUACAGAGGUGGUAGGAACUCUGGGCGAAUUCGUUUGAAGCCUGUGUUCACAUCAGCGAAAGACCAGCGUUCUUUAAACCGUUACGGCCCGACUCGUCAAAAGGGACAGUCGAGAUCAUUCCGAGGCCAGCAGUCCCAUCAGAAGCAGGGGAAAUACAGACGAUAGAGCAGCACCGAUCCACACCCACUGGCGGACAGGCUUACACUUCUAGCAGCGAAGCUAUCAGGGAAGCGUUCAAAUUAAAACACUUACCAGCGAAAGUUGUUCAAACAAUUCUCAGUUCCUUAUCAGCGGCAACAAUUCGGCAGUAUGGAGUAACAUACAAGCUCUGGUGGCCUUUCUGUGAGAAGAAAAGUAUCUCUCCGUAUGAUGGGACUCCAGCUCUCGUAAUGGAUUUUUUACAACACCUGUUUGACAUAGGGAAAAAUUCUUACGGGUCAUUUAAUUCACACCGCUCCGCCUUGGCUCUGAUUUUGUCAACGGACUUAGCGGGCCAUCCCGUUUUGUCUCGGUUUUUGAAAGGGAUAUCUAAGCUUCGGCCUCAAAAACCGAGAUACAAUGUCACCUGGGAUCCGCAAUUAGUUCUAAAUUUUUUAGAACAGAGAGAGUCAUCCACGCUUCAAGCUUUGUCAGAGAAGCUAAUCACCUUAUUAGCUCUCUCCACCGCACACAGGAUGCAAACGUUUUCGCUGAUACGCCUACGUAAUAUUUUAGAAUCAAGUACUGGAUUCCAAAUUUUGAUCGAGGACCAAAUUAAGACUUCAGGCCCAGGAAGAAAGCAACCUUGCUUAAACUUGCCCUUCUUCGUCGAAAACCCCAGACUCUGUGUUGCGACAACUUUGAAGAGGUAUUUAGCGGCCACAAAAGAACAUCGCACAUCGAAUAUGGACUUUUUAUUUAUUACUUUUAAGAAGCCACACAGAACUGCCAGCAGGCAAACUUUAAGUAGAUGGGUGAAAGACACUUUAGAUGCAGCGGGUGUGAACACUCUCAUUUUCAAAGCCCAUUCUACACGCCAUGCCUCAACAUCUAAAGCUUGGCAGUUAGGAGUACCAAUAGAAGUAAUUCAACAAACUGCGGGCUGGACAGAAAAUUCAAAAGUGUUCUGUAAUUUUUACAAUCGACCACUAUCACAAUCAAAUACUUUUGCGACAACCAUUCUUAGUUCUAAGUAGACGUAACAUUUCUUUUAUAUUAAGGGGGAUUAAAUGUGCAUUAUUUCUUUG